GUUUCGCAAAUUCUCGAGGAAUAGUACGAAAUACAUUUGCCAGCGUCUUCCACUGUCCUCUUCAUGACUGUUCAGAACUGGACGAACCUAAUAACAACGUGGACCCAAUGUCAGAUCUAUUUGAGACGCAGAAUGAGGUCACCCAAAACGACUGUGAUACGUACGCCCAGAACCUGGUGAAGGGCUUCGUGACACCAAUGCCUUGGCAAGGCUUUCAUAGCUAUACACUGCGGUCAAACUCGGGGCUUAUCAUUCAAUUUCGAUCGAAAGCAUCACCCCUCGAUAGUUCAACGGCCAAGCUUGCUAAAAAGGUCCACGGCCAUCUUGCUCCAGCCACUACAUAUCGCGGCUUGAUGCCCAACUCUUCGGUAUCUGUCUGGGUCAUGGAAAUCAUUACGGGUGUUGGGUAUUUGUUCACAACUAGCACAAUCACUACAGCUAAGCUAGAUAUCACAGUCACAGAUUUCGCCAAGUAGGUCUUCGUACAUUAUCAAAUCAAUUUGAGCUGCUAGCUGAUACAAUACUACCGGUUUUAUGCUGCGUCAUGGAAAACCCCCCAAUCUCCAGCUAAAGACAAAAUCCAUCUCUACACCACUAAGCUCAAGCAGUUGUCCACCUC